AUGUGCAAAUACUAUGCCCACUCCCAUCCCUGCGGCCACGUCAAAACCGUCUUUGCAGCCUUCUGUUCCUCUGCUGCCCUCGUGCAAAAGCCCUGUGGGAGAGGAGAUAUUUGGGCGACGGUGAAGGUGGAAAAAGAAUGUCAGUUGUGU